AUGAACGAAACAGGCCAAGACCAGAAUACCAUCGUGGCAGAGGUUCUUCAAGAAGUCAAAUCGUCUCACGAGCGGUUUGAAAGCGCGGCUGGUGAUCUCCUGAUCAAAACCAUGAAAGAGGACUCACAAGUUCGUAAUGGCGUGGAGAGGUUCAUUGAGUGUUACAUGACUAUGACUACGGGGUAUAAUGAGUGGGCGCUGCAAUCGGAUCGAUACGGUGUGAAGGAGCAUGUGCAGGAGGAUGGAUCGUUCUUGAUACCACUGUGA